AGGAAGUGACGCGUGUACCGUCCCCCUGGCGGCGGGCCGGGGAGGCUGGGACACGUCGCCCUCACUGAGGCCAGUGAAGCGGCCACCACACGCAGGGGUGCACACACUCUCCCGCUGCUGCUGGCUCGCGCCACAACAACAUCACCAUGGGGAUUAAAUUCCUCGAGGUGAUAAAGCCGUUCUGUGCGGUAUUGCCUGAAAUACAGAAGCCAGAACGUAGGAUCCAGUUCAGAGAAAAGGUGCUAUGGACUGCCAUAACCCUAUUCAUCUUCCUUGUCUGUUGCCAGAUUCCUCUGUUUGGAAUCAUGAGCUCGGAUUCGGCUGACCCCUUCUACUGGAUUCGGGUGAUUCUAGCCAGUAACAGAGGCACACUCAUGGAACUGGGUAUCUCUCCUAUUGUCACUUCCAGUCUCAUCAUGCAACUGCUAGCAGGUGCUAAAAUAAUUGAGGUUGGUGAUACUCCUAAGGACAGAGCUCUUUUCAAUGGUGCUCAGAAACUUUUUGGUAUGAUGAUUACAAUUGGACAAGCUAUAGUGUAUGUGAUGACUGGUAUGUAUGGCGACCCUUCGGAUCUGGGUGCUGGCGUGUGUCUUCUCAUCAUUAUCCAACUGUUUGUUGCUGGCCUCAUUGUGCUGUUACUUGAUGAACUCCUACAGAAGGGUUAUGGCCUUGGCUCAGGAAUCUCCCUCUUCAUUGCCACCAACAUAUGCGAGACAAUUGUAUGGAAAGCAUUCUCUCCAGCCACUGUUAAUACAGGUCGUGGUACAGAGUUUGAAGGUGCUGUUAUUGCUCUCUUCCAUCUUCUGGCUACCAGACAAGACAAGGUGCGAGCCCUUAGAGAAGCUUUCUAUCGCCAGAAUCUGCCAAAUUUGACCAAUCUUUUGGCGACCGUUCUCAUCUUUGGAAUAGUUAUAUACUUCCAGGGCUUCCGAGUGGAUCUUCCCAUAAAGUCUGCUCGUUACCGUGGCCAGUACUCAUCGUAUCCCAUAAAGCUGUUUUAUACCUCUAAUAUUCCCAUCAUUCUUCAGUCUGCACUGGUGUCUAAUCUAUACAUCAUAUCUCAGAUGUUGGCCAUAAAGUUCCAGGGCAACUUCUUUGUUGGUCUGCUCGGUGUGUGGGCCGACACUGGCUCAGGUGGACCUGGUCGUGCCUCCUACCCAGUGGGGGGUCUGUGUUACUACAUGUCUCCUCCAGAAUCAUUUGGCCACAUUUUGGAAGAUCCUAUUCAUGCUGUUAUUUAUAUUGGCUUCAUGCUUGGCUCCUGUGCAUUCUUUUCUAAGACUUGGAUUGAAGUAUCUGGAUCUUCUGCAAAGGAUGUUGCCAAACAACUUAAAGAACAACAAAUGGUUAUGCGUGGUCACCGUGAAAAAUCAAUGAUCCACGAACUUAAUCGUUACAUUCCUACGGCUGCUGCAUUUGGUGGUCUCUGCAUUGGGGCACUUUCUGUAUUAGCUGAUUUCCUAGGAGCUAUUGGGUCUGGCACAGGUAUACUCCUUGCGGUAACAAUCAUCUACCAGUAUUUUGAAAUAUUUGUAAAGGAGCAAAGUGAAAUGGGUGGCAUGAGCACACUACUCUUCUAGGCCACUACCUCAGGAAUAGCUUAUUAAAAGACUGUGCUGAUUUCUUUACUUAAAGAAAUUAAGUGCAUACACUGCACAUUUAUUUAAAUGAUUGUGGUUAAUCAGCUGUUGAGCACAUCUUAACAGAUUAUGCGAUGUUCAUUUUCUCAAUGUAACGUCAGUCAAGUGAGGUUUAAAGAUAUUUAUCACAAUGGUUGGUGUAUUUAUUUUUCCUUGCCAGUGGACUGAAGGUGCAAUGAGAAUUUCUCUUCAUUUCUUAAAUUUGUUUAAUACUUGAUAGUUCACUCAAGGGAGUAAUUUUCUCAAAUUAUGGAUGCAUGAUAAUUGGCUUAAAUAGUACAGGAAUAAUGAAGUUUGGACAGCUGUUAUGUAGGAACAUUGCCUCUGCCAGCAGCCCAGCUGUUCUGUGAUAGAAGGUGAUGCUAGUGGAUCAUAUUGUAUGAAAGAUUUGUGCAAAUGUUUAUACUUUUUACAUUUAGUGAUAAGGAUGUAAUAAUUCAAAAUAAAACAACAAAGUA